AUGGGUCCAUCUAUCACAGUUGGAAUUUCUUGGUUUGGAGAAAAGGUGAAUGAAGACACAGCUGCUCCAUUUAAAGUAACUAAGUUGGCUAGAGCGUCAACACUCCAUGUUGUGUCAGAGAAAACUACAGAGAUUACUGAAAGGAAAGGAGCUAUAAUUGCUGGAACUACCCUAAGGCUUGGGGUGACAAUAAACAGGGAAUCAGUUCAAGAAGUUCGUGAAACUAUCCGUUCAAACGUCUCCAUUUUGGGGUCUCAAAUCUUGCCUCUUUCGGAGAAGUUUCGGUAUGCGGUGUCUAUGAUCAAGAAGAGGUUCAACAAGUCUGAGGGAAUUUACGUGCCAAAUUUUAAGGUAGUGAUACAACACUUCUGCUUCCCUUGUUCGGGAAGGCCAUUGAUAAUAGAAUUGGGGAAAGGGUUGGGGCUUUCGGAGAGAGACAUUGAACCUGCUUUGAUGACACUGCACAGGUUUGGAAACCAGUCUUCUUCCUCAUUGUGGUAUGAACUAGCUUACUUGGAAACCAAGGAAAAAGUGCACAAGGGAGACAAGAUUUGGCAACUUGGAAUGGGAACAGGACUCAAAUGUGACAGUAUUAUUUUGCAGUGUAUUAGGCCUAUAGUUGGAGAGCACGAGAAGGGACCAUGGGCAGAUUGCAUCCAUCGAUACCCAAUAUUAGCCCUGGAUUAAGAAUCACUGUUUCUGUUAUGAUUCCAAUAUUAAAUGAAUAACAAUGACUCAGCCAUUUCUUACUU